AUGAAACGACUCAUCCAAUCCUCCGCGCUACCAAGCAGAAACUUCGUCUGUCACCAUGUCCCUCUCCGCACCCUCCACACCUCCCCCCCAAACCCUGCAACCAUCGCCUCCAUCACCGCCUCCGGCCCACCACCUAAACCCCCCGCCCCGUCCGCAGACCAUGUCGAUGCGCGUGUGGCUCGCAGACGCAAACAAGCUGAGCUGCUGAAACGGGGAAGGGAUAUGCGGGCGGUCGAGGGGGGGAAGGGGGGGGGGACGGCGAAGACGAAGAGGUUCUGGAAGGAUGUACAUGUGAAAGAAGUCGAGGGCGGUCUACAAAUCCAUCUCGACACCCGUCCGCUUCGACGGCCGAAUAAAGAAAUCCUCACAAUCCCAAAAUCAAAACCACAUCUCGCAACCGCCAUCGCACUAGAAUGGGACCUCCUCGUCUCAGCCCAACAAGCGCUCCGCCACCACCUCAUCCCAAUGACCUCCCUCGUCUCCCGCGCGCUCGACAUCAUCGACGACGACGCCUCCCCCAACCCAAGCAUUCGAGAUUCCAUCAUCACGUCCCUCCUCCGGUAUCUAGACACAGAUUCCCUGUUGUGCUGGGCGCCGGAACCAAAAGCCGAUCCGCCAGGCUAUGAAACGCAUAAAGAAAGAGUGCGCAGUCUAAGGAGUAUCCAGAUGGAAGCCGCACAGCCUGUGAUUCAGUACCUGACGGAACGGGUGUGGCCCGGUGUUAAGAUCGUGCCGGCGCUGGGCGAGAGUAUUUUUCCUAGGCCGCAGGAGGAGGGGACGAGGGCUGUUAUUGCGGGGUGGAUGGCCGGGCUGCCGGCGUGGGAGUUGGCGGGGUUGGAGAGGGGGGUGUUGGCGGGUAAGGGGGUGCUUGGGGCGAGCAGGUUGGUGGUGGAGUGGAGUGAGACGCUGAAUUUGGGGACGCGGGAAGGGGGUGGGGGAAAUGGGGUAAAUGGGGAAGGGGAGGGGAAUGGGAAGGGAAAGAGAUGGGGUGUUGAAGAGGCGGCGAAAGCGGCGAGUUUGGAGGUUGAUUGGCAGACGGGGAUGUGGGGUGAGGUGGAGGAUACGCAUGAUGUUGAGAAGGAGGAUGUGAGGAGGCAGUUUGGGAGUGUGGUUUUGCUUGUUUCGGGCGUGAAGGCGUGA